UUCUAUUUAAGAUUGAAACAUAAUAACAAGAGAAAAAUAAGAGAAGAAAGUCAUAGUAGUUGAGCUCAGUUCCUGACAUGGUAAGUAUAGUGGGUAAUAUCUAAACAUCACAAAGCUGUCAUCCUUCCCACCACUUAUACAGCCUGUCAUCACUCUUCUACCGGUCUACAACACGACAAUGUCUUACGUGGCUUCCAAUUUUUUUUUUUUGUAAUACAAACUCUCUCUAUUUAUAACACAAAUCUCCCCUUCCUUUCUCCACAUCAUUAUCUCCACUCAAUAAUCCCUUCUUUCACCGGAAAACGAGUCACGACUCACGAGUCAACUCAACAAGUCACCAAGAAUCAUAUUAACACGUACAUAUGGGUAUAUGCAGUUCGAGCGAGUCGAUACAAGUCGCGUCAGCAAAACUGAUCUUGCAAGACGGGAAGAUGAUGGAGUUUACGAACCCCGUGAAAGUCGGAUACGUGUUGCAGAAGUAUCCCAUGUGUUUUAUCUGUAACUCAGACGAUAUGGACUUCGACGACGCCGUUUCAGCUCUCAGUGCCGACGAGGAGCUUCAGCUAGGUCAGAUAUACUUCGUGCUUCCUCUUCGUUGGCUUCGUGAGCCACUUGGAGCGGAGGAGAUGGCUGCAUUGGCCGUUAAAGCUAGCUCUGCUCUCAUGAGAAGUGGUGGUGGUGGUGGUGGAGGAAGUUGUCGCCGGAAGUGUAUUGAUCCUAUUGUUGUGUCUGGUAAAUAUAGUCUUGGAGUUGGCUCCGGUGAUGAAACGGUGGGAUCUGGUGGGGUGAGGAGGAAAGGGAGAAACGCUGACGGUGGUGGUAGCAGUAGUAGUGGUCGGAGGAGGAAGUGUUACGCGGUGGAGUUGAGUACGAUAGAAGAGUGAAGGGUAGUUUUGGAAUUUGUGGAUAGUUGUAAUUAUGUUGGGGUAUCUUAAGUCAUUUAAUUAAGAGGAAUUUGCAAAUUAGCAAUGUUCGGAAAGUUCUCUUUUGGGAUUUUAGUAGUUAGAGACCAUCAUUAAUAUCAAGGAUAUCUUUUUACAAUUAAAAUAGAAAAAGAAGUAUAAUCAUCCAACAAAUUAUCCAAAAAAACGCUAGAAAAUUGAAUUAUAACAUUUGUUAGUUUUUUUCUUAA